AAGCGCUGUGCGCGCGACGCGCACGAAAGACUAUCGACUAUAGCGCGCGAUCGGAACAUGUGAACUGUGAAGGACGUGUUUAUUAUUGUGUGAACUUAAUGUUUAUUUAUAAAAUUCGCGAGCAUUAUUAAUACCAUUUCAUAUCUGCAUAAGAAUGUGAAUAAGUAGGCGGGUAUGCGAAUCUUUACGUCUGCCUUUAGACAAGACAGCUGCAUAUUUUCACAUGUUGUCCUAUCAGAUGGUAGCUUCGUAAACAGUGGAUUAUAAGUAAUAUUUUUUACUUGUUGACCUGUCUUAGCUUCAGAAUCAGUGGAUUAUAAGUCUGAGGAUAGGUGGCCAAUGUGAUUUGAGUGUGUGUCGACGAGCUUAUGGGGCAAUGCGUGUCCCGGAGUCAUCCGGGCCCGUAUGCCUUCUCCAGACAAUACGAUGCCGAGAGCCUAGCGAGCAGCGUCAGCGGGUUCACUAGGAAGGGUCACUCUGAAUCGAAAGGAGCCAAGAAGAGGGACAAAAGCGCGAGUGGGAACGGGAACGGCAAGCCCAGCCGUGGGGUGGCCACGUCGUUCGGGUUCCGACGACGGCCGGCCAGCACUUCUCGGGCUGAUGACAACGCCCGAAGGAAGCAGAAACAGCAGGACAAAAAUGGGAAUGGAGGGUCGACAGAGGACCUUCGGGCUGAGGAGGUGCUGUCGGGGCGGUCCACGCCACUCGCGCGCCCUCGCAAGGAGACCGCGGGGCAGCCUCUGCGGACUAACAGGUUCGGUUUCAGGCAGCCGCACUCCAAGACGGCGAAGGUGGGGGACGUGAGCCUGGCUGCGGAGCCGGCCUUCGGCGCCAACCCUAAGGAUAAGGAUACAGCCAUCAAUAAUAAUGCUUUAGAUAAGAAAAGUACAAAUUCGCCGUACAACCAGCUGCCGCCGCUCGCGACGCAAGUGUCAGCCGCCGGCGUCACCACCAUCGUCGGCGCCACCGGGGUGCCCAAGACGGUCACCAAGCAGACCGUCAUCCUCACGUACCAGCCUCAGCAAUAUGCGGUACAAGAGGGCAGGGCCAAGACUGGGGCCAGGGCUGAAACCCCCCGCGGGCCCGGGCCCCGCCAGGGCAGCGACAUCCAGAAGCCCCCGGGGAAAUACACAUUCCAAACCAACCAGCUGCCGAGGCCGCAGUACCCCGCCGUCAAGAACAUAGACGCUAAGACGGCUAAGCAGGUGGUGAAUAAUACUAGGAAGGCGGGAUCCUCCGAGGGAUGGAGGGAAGGUGCUGGGUCAGCAGUAUCUUCUGACUCGGGCGUGUGGACGGGCGGGGAGUGCGGGGGGGAGGGCUCCCCGCGCGCGCGCCGGCGCCCGCGCAACUUGGAGAUGGUCAUGAAGGGCUCGCACAGCUUCCACCUCCGAGAGCUGCAAGUGGCCGACCUUGAUAUUAUGGACGAAGCAGUCGUGACAGGACACGCCGUGAUUCCCCUGCCAAAGCUGCCCAGUUCCUUCGACGACGAGCUAUCUCCCGAGUACGAUACUCCAGCGCCCACCUACAAGCCCCCAUCGCCUAUCCUACCCAAGCCGGCGCCUCCGCCAGAAACGUCUAAUAGACAGAACUCGCCCAUGUCGACCCUGGACCGCUACAGGACCAGGACCAGGCCGACUAGGAUCCAGACAAAUCUGGAUUAUAAGGACGAGGAGAAGUUCGUGCUGGAUCGGGCGCAGCCUGAGAUGUUGAAUAAACAGAAUUCGUUUACAAAGUCAUCCAGUGGUGUCGUGUCACCUACCACGGUGAACUCCAGCAAGGAAUCCAGUCCGUCUUGCAAGAGCGAGGAGAGCCAUUUCGGAAACAGCAGCGCCUGGCAAAGCCAAGCUGCUGGAGAAGCUAUGGCUACAAGAUCACAAGACGAUGUCUCCAUCGCCCUCAGCGUCUCCAGCUGUGAGGACGACAAGUCCAAGUUUGAAGUCAAGGAAGCGCCAAAGCCGGUGGAAGUGGAGAUCCCUAAGAAGACAAUAGUCAUCAUGGAUGAACCACCUGUUCCUCAUCCGCUUCUGAUGAAAUCGUUGACUCUCAGUCAACAUGACUCGCUACGUAGUACUAUGAUGGGGUCGAUGACAAGUUCCAACUACAGCACUACGAGCACGUGCACAAACCAGAGUGGAAUCCAUGACAACCUGACGCUCACGUUGGAAGAGUCCAAAUUCGACAUGUCAGCUCUGGAAACGUCCACGCAAAGUCUUCUUGACGAUGAGACGUCUCCAGCCGACAGUCUGAUAUCUUCCACCAGCACCAGUGACUCCAACAACGAGCUGCACAUAGAAAGAGAUCCACCUUCCAUAUCUUCGGCGUACCAGACUGCUAACACCAAGACCAGGACGCCAGAGCCGGUCGUCGAGGAUCGGGUUGAUGGAGAGUUGUUGCAGCCAGUGAAAGAAAUAAUUGAAUUAAGGAGCGUCUGCAGUGGAGGAGAGGGGAGCAAGAACAACACUCCAGAGUCUCCCGGCACUCCCACACAUGCUUCUGGCUCCCUGUCCCUGUCAGAUGGGCGGGACUUCUUCGACGAUGAGAUCGCCGACCAGCCAGCGUUGCUGUUCCGAAAAAACAAUGACGGCAGUUCAGCAAACAAAGAAGAAACGGGCAGACAACUACGGAGGUCUAGGGAGCGCAUCACAUCCAGUCCCCUAGCGCAGAGGAAUAGAAAACUUUGCAACGGUCGGAACGGUGGAACGGAGCGGACCAACUCCCUUGACACGCUGUCGAGCCUGGCUUCCGACGACCUGAUGAUGGACAACGACCUGGCACAGUCCGUCACCAGUUUGCAGAGCGUUGAUGAUUAUAUUGAGAGGCUGGACAGCAGCCUCCGGAGUGGUCUGAAUUCCCUGGACGAAAAGCAGCUCCGCCAAGAGUUGUCGUCAUCCAAGACGGCAGUACGGCAGUGGAGCCAACUACUGGAACAGAACAAUUUCUUGGACCGCCAGCUGGCGGCCAUGGCGCAGGGGAAGACCGGACCAGACUCGCUUACCGCGAGCAAUAACAGCCUUACUAACAUCGGGGCCAGCCUACCAGUGCGCACAGCUCGCUUGCUGCAGCGCUCGCGCACGCAGACGCCGUCGGACGCGGCGAGCGAUGGCACCGCGUCGCCUGCGCCCGCGCCGGCCACGCUGCUGCAAGACGUGGUCGAUAUCAAGACCCUGCUGCUGCAGCUCAAGCGGGUCUUACAGGAGCCCGGGGAGGAGCAUCAUUCGAUGAGUAGCGAAACUCUCGACCCGUUGCUGGCGGCGUGCGCGGAGAGCCCCGCGCGCGGCAACGGGCGCCGCCCCCCCGCCUCGCCGCUCAACCCCGACGCCUGUGCAGAGAUGCGGCGCCAAAUACUAUAUCUGCAGGGGCAGUUGGAAGAGCGCGACCGUCUGGUGCGCGUGCUGCAAGCGCAAAUGCUGCGCAUGGCGGAGGGCCACGAGCCGCGCGCCGACGACACCUGUAACGUCGCCACGCAGACCGAUAGGUUGCGGCCCCCGAUGAGUACGGCGCUAACGAGUUCUGAUAAUUCCGGAUUAGUGAGUUGGAAUGAACAAGCUAGCGCUCGCAAGCUGCCCGCGUACAGUGAAGCACAAAAGAGCAAGCGGCCCCUCGCGCCUGUUAAGUGUACUUGCGGCGCGCGAAAGCCCGACGACCGGCCCGACGUCACCCUUAAAGGAAACAGCCGCGUCGGCUCCAAGUACCUCCAGGCACUCGGCCGCUACAAACGCGACUCCUCCCUAGGAGAACCCGCCGACCGAUCGCCCAAGAUCUCCCUCUACACCGGCCGCUCACGAUCCAUAGAGAACUUCCACAACCAGUACCCAGCCCCCGAAACGCUACGACACGCCGUCAUCGACGAAAACUCCCUACUCAAACAUCACACGUCAUACGGAGAUCUGUACAACGGAAGAAUCGGGAGCAAGGAGAGCGUCAACGGAAACCGCCACAGCCCGAGCCUAAACGGCCAGUCCACGGAUACGGAUUAUAGUUCCGACGGCGGCUACAAGUCGCUGCCGUCGUCCAUCAACUGCAACGGGCACUCGCCGAAGAAGGUCAGUGGCAUUCCGCGGAGGUCGAUCGAGCAGAAGUUCCUUUCCGCUAAGCACAUCAAAGCGAGCGCUAUUUGAACGCACCGAACCGGUUGAAACUUUUGACGCGUUAGCUCUUCUCGAACGAAAUGACUGACGUUUUUGAAAUCGUAGUCUUUCUAGUCUUAUAGGUUAGGACCUUAAUCGGAGUCCUUAGACCAACUAUAAUAAUAUAGAUAACGAGACCGCUUAAAAUUUUGCCAUCAAUAAUGACAUACUUUAGCACGUGUGAAUGUGUGUAUAUGAAGUAAGCGAAUGAGAAUAGCUUCGCAUCAAUAAAAUAUAUUAGACUCUGAUUAAAGUCUUCGGGAAAUUUUACGUUCAAACGAUUGUCAGUCAUUGACGGUUCGUUCAGAGGAAACGCGUUCGGAGGCGACUGGUGUAUCUCAAUUGUGAUAUGUUGAUUCGUCUUGUAUGACAAAAGAUGGUCAAUAAAUAGUUUUGCCUCAAGUCGCACUGGACGAAUUUAAGCAAUAGUUGAUACUGUACGUUAAGGAAGGCCUCUGUGACAAUAUCAUCAAUACGUAGUCAGUUCAUUUUAGUCACGGAGAUAUAUUUAAGUCGACAAAUGGACUGAUAUUAUUUACAUAUUUACUAUUAAUAUAACGAAUGUAGACGUUAGUGUCACACAUCAUAUCAGUUAUUAACACGGUAGGUUAUAUAGGUUUAUUUAUCCAACCUGUAAAUUAAGUUGAUCACUGGCCUACCAAUAAUUUUCAUUCACAUGGUUGGAAAGUAGCUUGAACAAAUGGGAGUUUAUUUUUGAUAAUGUUUCGGAGGCCUUUCCAAUUUGUGUUGUGCGAGUAGGGAUGCCACCAUUUGAUUGAAGCCAUAUAAAUUAUAAAUUCCGUUGUAUGGUUUUUAAUAAUUACGGGUCAUAUAGUACAUAAAUCGUCGGUAACUUAUUUCGAUUUACCUAACAAGUUCGCUGGAUGUUUGGUGGCAGUCCUAUCGAGUCUACGGAACCUCGCUGCAACGCUUUCGUUCGCAUUUAGUUUCACCGCGAGGCUAAGUAAGCUAAGUUUGUUCGAUGCCAAAUUAUAAUCGAUUGUAAUCAUCUCGUUAGUAACUCGAGUACUCGCUAUUCAUUUGACGUGAAACGCAACACUGUCGUUGCGAUUCUUAUUCAUAUAUUGCUUAAUGCAUUUCUCUUUAUUAUACGGUGGCUACAUCAACCCAUCAUAGAUGACUUUCCUCAAUGGAUUCUAAGCUGUAAAUUAACUAAAAAUAAAGUUAAAAAUCCAUUGGGGAAAUUCGUCACAUUGUGGCAGGUUGAUCCGCUCGCGACUGUAACUUAUUUUAAUCCGAUAUAUUUUGACCUUCUGUAUAGUACAGUUAGACGAUUAAACCGUUCGGAAAUAAUUUUGUAGGUUUUGUUUACAAAUUUGUAUACAUGCGAUGAAGUGUUAUCUUAGAUUUUCUAUGGUAGACAAACUAGUAGAUAAAGCUGUAAUAUGUGAUAAGAGUGGCUGUAAGAACUUGUAUUUAAUUUUUAUUGUAUCUUCCCUGUUAAUCACUUGUGUACUCGGUAAAUUAAUCUCGGACGUUUAAAGUAAUGUUUUGCUGUGUACAAUUAUUUAGACCCGUUAGGUAUCAUAUAGGUACGAUACAAUGUAAGCUAAAAGCAUUUUUAAUUUUAAUAUCCCGGAUGACAUUUUUUAGCAUUUGUGAGAUCAUUGUUAAUGUAAUUAAUGUUAAUGAUAAAUCAUAAUCUUCCGAGAGCCUAAUUAAGUAUCCUAUAUUGAUACCUAGAAGAAAACCUAUGGUAAUAAGAUCAUUAACUUCUGUGUACCUACUUAUGGCUACUUGUGUCGAAUCAUUACGUACAUUGCGCUUUCCUACAUUAGUUCUAAGUCUAAGCCCAUUAGCUUAGUUAAAUAUUAUAUUAAUUUAAAAAUUGAAGUUGUUUCAAUAAAUAAUUUUAAUUUUGAA